AUGCCGCUCGGCAGAUACAAAAGGCCAGUGUCUCGUGCGGUGUGCAUCCAGAAAUUCCGAACACCCCAAUUGUCUGAUCCUCUGGUAACGCUGCCGGUAAUUGUGAACUCGAGGUCCAGUAUAUACACGACAUCAUUGUUGCCCGCCAGGCCAAAUUUGUUCAAGCAUUACAUAAUGAGCACGACACAGGUGGAAAGUCCUCAUACAACUAUCACAGCUGUAGCCGCUUCUGUUCAACGACAUAUAACAAGCCAUAAUCCUAUAACUGGUGAAAGCAUCUAUGUAGAUGCACCUGCCCUGCAUACUGCAACUAUACCCGGCUUUGGUACAGCAUCUCGCUCUUAUGCCACGUUAAAGCUACCCGCAGAAUUGGCGGAUGACCAUGAUCUGAAUACACACUUUACACAGGAUUCUGUUACUAGCUACACUCGGAGUACAGACUUCACUGUUCCCGCAUCGCAAUUACACCCCAAAACAGGAGACUUGGAACUGGGAGGUGCAAAUGUGAUUAAUCUCGACAUAGAGCCUGGCGCAAUUGGACAUAUGCAUCGAACAGUCUCUUUAGAUAUCUCGACCUGUGUCAUGGGCGAGGUAUAUAAUGAACUAGACAGUGGCCAAAAGGUUCUGUUGAAAGCCGGUGAUCACAUCAUUCAGCGAGCAACUAUGCACAGAUGGGUUAAUGCUUCGAAGGAGAACUACGCUAAAGUGAUUGCUGUACUCCUCCCCUUGGAAAAUCAAUGCAAUAACUAUAAACACACCGAAGAAGGCAAGUUGGAUAAAGAGACUAAAGAUGGCUAUCGUUUGGUCCCUGUCUCACGCUGA